AUGGUGUCUACAGCCAUUGCUCUGGCCUUCGUGCCGUUGUUUCUCACGUUGAUCAUCCGGUACCGGUUUUACUUCGUGCUGUUCUACCGGGCUGUGCUGCUCCGCUGGGUUCAAGAUUUCAUGACAGGAAUUAGCAGGGAGGAGAGAGUGUAUGAGUACGUCCUCACACACGCCAUGCCAGGAGAUCCUGACAGUGUUCUUGACUCCUUCGACCUCUGGUGCAACAAUGUCGAAUUCAUCAGCCAUAUAGGACCCAAAAAAGGUUCGAUUCUGGACCGUCUACUGAAGGAGCUCUGUCCUCUGACGGUGUUGGAACUGGGGGCUCACUGCGGCUACACCACGGUUAGAAUCGCUCGCUCGCUUCCUCUCGGUGCUCGGCUUUACUCGGUAGAGAUGGAUGAAAGGAACGCACGUGUGGCUGAGAAGAUCAUCCGGCUGGCCGGGUACGACGAUGACACGGUAGAGCUGAUUGUGAGACCUUCUGAUGAGGUGAUUCCCCGUUUACGAGAAGAGUUUGGUAUUGAGCGCCUGGAUUUUGUGUUUAUGGACCACUGGAAACGGUGUUACCUGCCGGAUCUUCAGGCCCUGGAGGACAGCGGGUUACUGGGUGAAGGCUCAGUGGUGUUGGCUGAUAACGUUUUGUUUCCCGGUGCUCCAAGCUUCCUGCGCUAUGUGCGUCGCUCUGGCCUCUAUGAACAACGCAUGCACCGCGCAGCACUCGAGUACAUCCAGGGAAUCCGUGAUGGCAUGGCAGAACUUGUGUACCGUGGCAUCAAGUAAAGGAUAUGUGGAAUAUCAACAUAUUUAUUUUAAAAUAAAAGACAGCUACAAAGAACAAACUGUUCAUGGAAAACCCAAAAACAAGCAAAAUAAUGAUUGCUCAUGGAAUUUAGAAAAAAUUAAGUAUAGUAAAAAAAUUCAGAAUGUCAAGAAUAUUCACUUUUUAACUCAAUAAAAAGUAGCAUUUUAUUAUAUUUCUAAACUUUUCAUUGAUAGAUUUAAAUUUAAGUUACAUUUUAUGAAGCUAUUUUAUGUAAAA